AUGACAUUAUCAGUAGAGAGAAUUUUCCAUUGAUUUGCUGUCUUUGGAGAAUCAUCAAGCAGUCGCGAUGAAAUGAACGACAAGAACCUCUCCAAACUGUGUAAAGAUCGUGGCAUCAUGGGUGACAAAAUAGUCACUUCCACAGAUGUGGACAUAGUGUUCAGCAAAGUGAAGUAAGGAGCCAAAGGUGGGGAGACUAUCACAUUUCAACAGUGCCAAGAGGCAGUGGAGGGAUUGGGCCACAAGCAGUUUAAGGAGAAGAACCCAGAUGAAGCCCUGAAGGACACUUACAAACUCAUGGAGGGCAAAGACCCAGCCACCACUGGUGUCACUAAAGCAACAGCAGUGGGUGGAGUAGACCAUCUGACUUACACCAGCAAGUACAGGGCCACCCACAAGGAGCGCUUUGAUGAGAGAGGCAAGGGCAAGGGCAAGGGCAUUGAAGGAUAGGAAGAGACUACUGACAACUCAAGCUAUGUGAGUGGCUACAAGGGUGCAGGAACCUAUGAUAAGGAGACCAAAGAGUAG